AUGCCGUACAACAUGACGAGCUUCCAGCCCAUCCGGGACCUGCUGCGGGAGAUCGGGGGCGAGGAGGCGGCCAAGACGAUGCCGACCCCGACGUUCUCCGUGUGCGUCAACGAGCAGGGGCAGAUGUUCGUCCGUGUUACGGCCGGCGAGGCGGACAAUGAAGAGGAAAAGGCCGGGGGGGAAGGAAGGGGGUCGGCAGGCGGGGCUACGGCGACGAAGGCGUCUUCUCCGUCGAGGUCGCGGAGCCCCCAGGGACGGGCCGGCAGCGGCGGUGGUGGUCCCGACGGUGGCGAGGUGCUGCACAAGGGACCGAUGCUGGGUGAACUUCCUGCACUAGGGAGGCCACCAGUCUCGAGCAGCAGUGGAGGCGCUUCGCCGACGGCCUACGACUCCAAGCGCGACAGCGAGGAACGAAGGCACGACGGCGCGGGAGUCGGAGGAACAGGAGGACGAGGGGGGGCAGGGGACGGUGCGGGGGGCGCCCCGGGCAUGCACGAGGUCUCCAGAGAUUCAAACUCGUUAGGCAUGCCCGGAGAGACGGACGAGGAGCAGGCGCCGGAGGGGAUAAUCUGCCAGCUUUCGAAGCGGGUGGCGAGGGACCCCGUGAGGACUCCCUACGGGCACCUGUUCGACCGGCAGAUGAUCAGGCUGUGGCUCUCCAAGCAGGGAAGCAUCUGUCCGCUGACGGGGCAGCCCCUCGUGGAGGCAGAGCUCAAGGCCGACGGCAAGGCCAAGGCCGAAGCAAAGGCGUGGAACGACGGUCUCCUCGCCCAGAAGAAACACUCGGCUACUGUUGCCUCGGUGGGACGCGGGGGCCCUUCUAGCGCCGCCGCCGCCAAUGGUGGCAGAAUCAAAACAUCGGGAGGCACGGCAGGGGAGGGGCAAAUGGCGAAGGAGUCGUCGACGGUGCGCGGGAAGGCGGACGCCGCCGCGGCGGUAGGUGCCGAAGGGCGCAGCAGCAGCAGCGGUGGUGAGAGGAACGGCGCCGACCUCGAGACACCCGCGCCGGCGAAAGACGCCGCCGCCGCCGCCGCCGCCGGCAGAGAGCGCCGCGGGAGCAAGGAGGCCGAGAACAACGUCGACGACAUAUACGACUUCUGACGAGAGGUCACAAAAUCUUUCACUCGUCGGUCGUGCAGCAGCCUUGGUUCCUAUGGUGGUUAUUAUCGUAGAUUCCACCGGUGGAAUCGUAUAGACUACAGCUGUCAUUCUCGCAAAUUCCGCUGUUGAACUACGAACAAUGGCCGUUGCUGACCGAAGCACGCCUAUUUUUCUUCCAAGGGCGGCUAUGCAGAUGCACCCACCUGCGCAACGACCGGCAUAAUUUGCAGGGGCCCUGCGGAAGCACUUACUUCUUCGACACAAGUAGGGCUCUUCCCGUUCGUGCUUAGUCCGUGCUCGUGUGGGGUGUAGUGGUGGAAAUGUCUCAUUCCCGCAAGCACUGCCACCUUUUGGCCUCGAAGAACUCGACGGUUCACGCUCGUCGGCACAGUCUUUGACCAUGAGCGGAACCACUUGGAAGAACACGCUUAUUAAGUGGCAACGGCAACAACCCAUGAGCUUGUCAAUAAUAUUGCGUUCGCCAUUAAUCUGAUGUCGCUCGUCGGCACAGCAGUUUGCCAAGUAAGAUGAGCGAAGAGACCAUUCCGACGAGACAACACUUACGUACCUGUUGUCUCCCUCUGCCUGCGGCACUCGGCGGAGGGGUUCGCCUUCGGGGGCGUCGGCGUAGGUCGUGUACGUAGUGUAGGAGAGAAGGCGGGCGGCGACCAAGGCUGGAGGGGGUGCCGUCAAGGGAUGACAAUAGAACGUCGGUGGUAGUCGGUAGUCGGGAUAGAAACCCUCGUGCGAGGACUUCUGUGUAUACACCCGUAUCGAUGAAGUAGAGUUAAACGGUUAGUAUGCAUAGAGUCGGUAGACUUUUUCGGUGCGCUCGAAGGUCGGGACAAGCGCGCUGAAGGGGGCGACGGAGACGAUGUUUGA